GGGGCCUGCGGCAGAGCAGCGUGACGUGAACUGCUGCGUUGAAAAGGAGGAGAGGAGUAGCAGAGAUCUUGCACAGUCAACGCAUCAUCUCAGCAAUUUCCCUUGAUCGCUGUACAUCGCUGUCAUUGCAGCAAUGUGGAUCCCGGACUCUUCAUCCCCUCUCCUCCCGAUCCUCUCCAUCCUGUUGCUGGGCUACAGUUGCCGAGCGGCGGACAUUCCAGAGGACACUACCUCCGAAUUCUCUGUCAGACUGUACCAUCAGCUGCAGGCGACAGGGGGUCAAGACAACAUUGUUUUCUCCCCCUUGAGCCUAGCCUUCGCCUUGGGAAUGGUGGAGCUCGGAGCCAGGGGGGAGUCGCUGCAUAAAAUCCGACAGGCCAUAGGAUUUGACAACCUGCUGCCAGGUGUGGAAUUCUCUUUGCUCCAGAACCUAACAGCAGCGUUAUCCGAGGACGUCAACCAGUACACAGUCCGCUUAGCCAACGGUCUCUUCGUACAAGAAGGUAUCGCCUUCAACCCCGAGUUCCUACACCUGAUGAAGAAAUUUUUGGGAGCCAAUAUUCAAACCGUUGACUUCAGCGAAUCAGCAGCUGUCGCCGAACAGAUCAACAGCUGGGUGGAGAAUCAUACCGAGAGUAAGAUCCGAGACCUUCUAUCUGCCGAGGAUUUUAGCGAGGUGACUCGUCUGACCAUGGUCAACGCCAUCUACUUUAGAGGCUCCUGGACAAAUCAGUUCAGACCGGAAAACACCAGAACCUUCUCCUUCAGCAGAGAUGAUGGUUCCGAAGUCCAGACGCUGAUGAUGUACCAACUGGGUGACUUCUCCUAUGGUGAGUUCAGCGAUGGCUCCCAGGAAGCCGGCGGUGUUUAUCAGGUCUUAGAGAUGCCGUACGAGGGGGAGAACAUGUCCAUGAUGAUCGUCCUGCCUCGGCAGGAAGUGCCAUUGGCUUCUCUGGAGCCUAUCAUUAAGGCACCACUGCUGGAGGAGUGGGCCAAUAAUGUUAAACGACAGAUGGUGGAAGUCUAUUUGCCCCGGUUCAAAGUUGAGCAGAAAAUGGACCUGAAAGAAACUCUGCAGGAGCUCGGAAUAAAGAGCAUCUUCACUAAGGAUGCUGAUCUCUCUGCAAUGACUGGCAGGAAGGAGCUUUAUAUUGACAGGGCAGUGCAGAAAGCCUACCUGGAGGUGACUGAGGAAGGAGCCGAGGGAGCUGUCGGAUCAGGAAUAAUUGCCCAGACCAGGACUCUGGUGCUGUACCCCCAAGUCAUGGCUGAUCACCCAUUCUUUUUCAUCAUCAGAAAUCGGAGAACAGGGUCUAUCCUCUUCAUGGGCAGGGUCCUGACCCCUGAAGUCAUCGAGCCUAAUGACCAUGACUUUGAGUAAUCUCUGAUGUCACUCAUUCUCAGCCAAUCAGAUUAAUCCCACCUCUUUUAGCAACACCUGCAUCACCUGUAUUUUAUCAAGAUGUAUCAAGUAUUGAUUAUGCUAUUCGUAUAUUGGUAAAAGACAUGAGUGUGUUUUGAUACAGAACGCUCUAUGGAUGUAGACACACAGAGGGUUAAAUUGUAAAUAUUCUCUAGUUAAGUAAUGGAGAGUAUCGUAUGCGAGCACACAUGAUAUUCAUGCAGAACCACGUUUUGGUUUAUCCGCUUUAUUCUCACGCACGCACAAUCCACAAGAACGUUUGAUUCUCUUCUUUUCAAACAUAUUAACACGAUAACAUCUGUACCUUGUGUUGCACUUUAAUGUAUUUGAAUAUGCUCCGUAAUAAUUGUGGCCAAAACACGCAAUCUUCAGUCUUAGUAAUGAACAUCCAGCGGACCAUGAUCGUAUUGUUUUAUACGCUGUAGGCACACGAUUAAAUUGCCUAUAAUAUGCCUUAUCACAUGCAAGUGGUUAAUCAAGCCUUGCUGGGCAUCUCACAGGUGAGCUGAGGAGACUGCAGAGUUGCCAUAGAGACCAACCGCGGCUUGCUUAGCACACUGCAAAAAAAGUCCACUGCACCAAUCUUGGGCUGUACAUAUUUAAGGAGACAAUAACACCAGCUGUAUACACUCUUAUAAUCAAUAAAAAGAUGAAUGAUA